AUGUUUAUUUUACUACUGCUAGUUGCGCUGGGAGGCGUAACAACAAAUAUCGAAGUUAAAGCGCAGUCCUAUUCAAGAAGUUAUUACAAUUCCGGUGUAACGCCCACCUCGCAUUACUAUCAUCAUCAAAGCAGUGGUUUUGUACCACUGACCUAUAAAAGUGAUUUAAUACACGAGGAAUCCAAGCAUAGAUCUUCCAAAUAUUCCAAGAAGCCCUAUAAAUCAUAUAGUUCGAAUCCAUACUAUUUACAGGACGAAGAUGAUACCUCAUCGGAACGCUAUUCUUCCGAUGAAUAUUCCAAUGAAGCCCGUCAUCCAUAUUUGGGUAAGGAUCACGAUAGCCGAGAAUACACCAUUGGUACACACAUUCGGGUACAACAUCCCAUAUCGGUGCCGAAGAAAAUCAAAUCGCCAUCUCACCCCACGAAGAGUAGUAAAUAUACAACAAUAGGCAGCAGUGUUGGCGGAAGUUAUUCUUUGGAUAAUUCUCAAGAGCAGCGAGCUGCCCCGGAAUACUUUAGCAGUGCAGUGAAAAAACAGAAAUUCUCUAAACUUUAUGAACCCGAUCCAUUCCAUGUGAUUGCACCUCCGAAAUCCACUGUGGCUUCUCACAUCAGUUCUCAUCAUCAUUCAACGCCAAGCUAUGAUGUCUACGAGCCGCACAGUGAUUCCUAUGAAAAUGCCGAUGUACCUCUAAAAUCUCUUAAAGCAAGUCAACGUGAUCGUUUCAAUGGUGUCGCAUCGAAGAAACAAAUCGAAAAAUAUCUGGAAGAUCAAGAAAAACUUUUGGAUGAGGCUUUAAAACUGCAAUUGUUGAGUAGUCCGAAAUUUCAAAAACUUUUGAAAUCAGCCGAAAAGGAACAUUUCCACAAAGAGGUCGAUUUCGAAGAUGAAUAUGUAGCCAAUGCCCCAACACCAUAUCGUGAACAAUUCCCCAAGCCAGUUGUAUCGUUGCCUCCAAGUGGUAAGAGAUCUCGUCGCCGUCCCCCAACAUCGGAAUUUAGCCGUCCCCACAAGACCGUUGUCGUCUCAAAACCCAAUCGGAAAUAUCGUCAGGCAUAUGUCAUUGAAGUUUAG